AUGUAUAUUCCACUAUCUUUGCCCCAUCUGCACGGUUCCGUGGCUGAUACCCAAGACCAUGGAUCCCUUCAGACCACACUCCUCGCUUUCCAAGCACUCAUGAAGCUCCUCUGCAGUUCAUGCAGUCGUACUGGCCAAUACCCGACGGGGAAUAUCAAGAGACAGUUCUCUGAUAACCCCUCCAAGAACAACGACAUCAAGAUUGGACUCAUCGUUGGCUUCACUCUUGCCGCCUUCUUGGCCAUUGUCAUUACAUUCUUGUACUUUUACUACGGCUCUGCGAGGUUUACGUUCAGGAAGAAGAAGAAGAAUCACCGGCACCAACAUCAUCACCACCCGCAUCAUCCUCCUCGUCAUAGGAGACAUAAGUCGCUUAGUAGUGGGGGGUCAGGACUUUCUAAUAACAGUGCUCCUCCUCCUGCACCCCCUGCUGAUGACGCUCCGCCUAAAGAUAAACCAGCGGAUGGAAGUACAUUCGAAUCCACCGUCCCAUGGCUUUGUAUCGCUCAACUCCCAAGUCUUAACUUCCCUUUAGCUAUACAAGUCAAGCACACGGCACUCUAUCCCGCCUGUUCCCUCUCUGCCCAAAGAAACUCGGCCUCUCCCAUCCUCCGUGUAUCUGAGGCGCAUCCAUCUCGUUCGGUAUACGGAUCUGCUGUCGAUGUUGACCCAAAGGAUGGAAUGCAGGCUCAGGCUGCUGCGGAGUCCAGUCGCCAGCAGAAUCCUGUCUGUGAUAGAGUCUGUGAUGUCGACAGUCUGGAUGGUGUCGGAAAGCGUGGUUCUGGCGGUCUUGCUCGGAUUCGUAACUUUCUUGGCUCUCUUCGAGAUCAGCAGCGUGGUGAGCAACAGCUCGAUGUCGUCUGUGAGAAUGGCGACGAUGAUGAGGAUGAGUGUGAGAGUGUUGUUUCCUAUGUUGCUUCUGGUCCUUUUGGGACUUUGCUUGUUUGA